GUGCUGUCCAGAGCGGGUACUUCAGGUGUGUGCUCCAAGUGGAAAAUGUUAACCAUUGACCAGGCCACCACACCCUGGAGACAAACAAACUCUGUCCCCGAGUGAGAGCUACUAUUAAGUAUUACUAUCAUUACAUAAAUACAGGGUUGCCGAACACAAGCCAGCUAUUUAAUGUUGCUACGGUAACUAAUUGUUGGUUGAGCUGUGAAUUGUGAUUUUAAGAUUAGGCAGAUCCAGCGAGUCGGGGAGGUAGAAGGGGGAGGGUUUUGGUUUAUGAGUAACUGUGCUCCAUGUGCCAAAGGAAUCACCUGCCCUGCUGUCAGAGGCGACAACACUGCUUCAUCUGAGAAGGAUAAAGAGACACAUAAGCUAAAAUGCUCCCAGAGAAACAGCUCCAGUGCAGCAUCUGCCAGCAGGUGUUGACUGACCCAGUGACCACUCCCUGUGGGCACAACUUCUGCCGAGUCUGCAUCGGGCAGCUGUGGGACAGCAGUGACGUCUGCCAGUGCCCCGCCUGCAGCAAGACGUUCGCCUUCAGGCCUGAGAUAAGCAUCAACACGGCCUUCAAAGAGCUGGCAGACGCUUUAAGGCAGAUGAUAGUCUACUCGUCAGCUUCACCCGUGUCUGCAGCCAAACCGGGCGAAGUCGUGUGUGACGUGUGCGCCGCCACCUCCCUGCAGGUGAGGGCCCACAAGUCGUGCCUGGUGUGUCUGACGUCGUACUGCGAGGCCCACCUGGAGCCGCACCGGACCGUGGCCACCCUGAAGCUGCACAAGCUGAUGGAGCCGGUGGCGAACCUGCAGGACAGGAUGUGCAAGAAGCACGAGCGGCUGCUGGAGAUGUUCUGCAGGACAGAGCAGAUGUGCGUCUGCCAGUUCUGCACCGAGACGGAGCACAAAGACCACCAGCCUGUGACAAUGGAGGACGAGAGCAAGGAGAGGAAGGUCCACAUGCAGCAAACGCAGGCAGAUUUUCAGCAGAUGAUCCAGGAGCGGCAAAAGAAGAUUGAGGAGAUAAAAACCUGUCUGAAGCUGAGCGCAUUGAGCGCUGAGAAGGAGAGGAAGGCGAGCGACAGUCUCUUCGCGUCCCUGAUCAACUCGACGAAGGAGAGACGAGCCGAAGCUGAUGCAGAAAUUGAGGAAAGGCAGAGAGCGGAAGAGAAGAGGGCAGAGGAGCUCAUCGGUGACCUUCAGCAGGAAAUCGCUGAGCUGCAGAGGAGAAACACUGAGCUAAACGAGCUGGAAAACACGGAUGACCACCUGCAACUCCUGCAGAGACUGCCCUCGCUUGUGUCACCUCCACCUACCAACAGGGAGUGGACAGAAACUAGGAUCUACCCUGAACUUUGCGUUGGAACGGUGAGGAGAGCACUUUCCAGACUGGAUAACACUGUGAGGAAAGACCUGGAUGUCUUGAAGAAAGAAGAGAUGAGGAGGAUGCAAAAAUAUGCAGUGGAUGUGGUGUUGGACCCAGACACGGCCCAUCCAAACAUCGUCCUGUCCUCUGACGGAAAGCAGGCGGGCCGAGGCGAGCUGCUGCACCUUGUUCCCGACAUUUCCCAACGCUUUGACCCGGUUAUCUGCGUUCUGAGCAAGAAAGGCUUCCAGUCUGGGAGGUUCUACUUUCAGGUUGCAGUUGGAAAGAAGACCUUCUGGGACCUGGGUGUGGUCAAAGAGUCCGUCAACAGGAAAGGUAUGAUCACCUCCACCCCGGACAACGGCUACUGGACGGUGCGUUUAAGGAACGCCAGUGAGUACCGGGCCCUGGACUCCCCCUCCAUCCUGCUUCAACUCCAUAAGAGUCCCAAGACCAUCGGAGUGUUCACAGAUUACGAAGAAGGGACGGUUUCGUUCUUUGACGUGGAUGACAGAUCGCACAUCUACACCUUCACCGGGUGUUUGUUCUCGGAGAGGAUCUUCCCUUUCUUCAGCCCAGGAGUUUUUGACGACGGGAAAAAUACAGAGCCGCUGAUUAUCACAGCUGUCAGUCAGGAAACUUGAAAAGAAACAUUUAAUUGAGUUAGGUAGCAUGUUUUGUACACAACAGAGCAGUUUUCUUUCGUCUAUUCUACUUAAUAUAAGUUGUUUAUAGAAUAUGAAGGUGUUCAUUUUGGAUCAAAUGUGAAGCAAAACCAAUCUGGUUUAAGAGUCCAAUUUCAGAGACGGCUACUAGUGUAACAGAAACCUGACCAAUCUCGGGUUGGCGUGACUUUUCCGCUUCCAAACUGGAAAGUUUAUGCUGACACAUACGCUAACAAACAAAACUGUGUUAAAAACAAGAUUAUUAUUGGGACGUUAUUGAUCUCUUCAUCAAUCCGUCAGUUCUCCCUGUGGAUGCAAACAGUGACCAGCAGAGAUGACCGAUUAAACAAUGACUUAGUAAAAUGAUGAAUGACAUGAACCAAUAAUGCUGAUAUCCUUGAUUUAUUUUUACGACAUCAUCAUUGACCCAUGAACCUUUUUUCACUCAAAUGUUCUGCGUUUAAAUACGCCUUGUGCUUCAAGGGUCACACCGCCUUUGUCAAUUAUGAAGGCAAUUAAAAUGCAGGGAUUAUGACUCGAAAGUUCUGAGAUAGUUUUAUCCACUCAAGAGUGUAAAAACAUAAAAUGUUUUAGUUGCAUUUCUUUUUUACAAUAAUUGUCUGGGGCACCAAUAACUGCGGCAUCAUUGA